AGUUGGACAGAGCAUACUCCUCCAUGCUUCCCAUCUCAGAGCAGCUGCGUGAUUUCCUAAGGAUUCUAAUGCUGGAGCUAGAGACAAAAGCUCAACUACACACACAAUCUGAAAAUCAGUUUCUAUUCUUCCUCCCUGUGUCCCUUCCCCUCCCCCACUCUGCACCAGAGAAGCUAAACUCCAGUGCACUUUGAACAUCCUGAGGACUACUCUGAAAGAGGAAGAAUCUGUGUGUAUUGGCUAGCAAAUGUGCCUCUCCCUUCUUGAAAAUAGCAGCAAGCCAGUUUGCCUAAAUAGACCCUCAAUGCUUCUAGGACCAUUCAGGGUAUCCAGAUUCACUUUGCAGCUGGUUAAAGAAGGUUAGCUCUCCACAGGACUGGUAGAUUGAAUUUAUUGAAGACUUGGAUCUUGCUUCUGAGAACAAACACCAGAAAGACUCUAAACUACAUGGAAGUUAGCAGGAAAGAGGAAGAGGAUCCAGAGAAUUAAGAGCCACAUAAAUACAAUUCUUUUUCUCCUCAAAAGAUAUCAAGAGUCUUGAAGGAAGGUGCUGGGCUAUUUAUUCUUUAAGCUUCUCCUAUCCAACAAUAACUAACACAAUACCUCAAACACAUCAUGGAUACUCAAUCAACGUUUGGGCUUCCUCUGAUAUUACAGCAUAAGAAGCAUUAACCAUCAUAAGGAACAUUUUUGAAGGAUACUUCAGUGCUACGAAUAGGCUCCAGGAAAAAAUUCCUAGAGAAACAUGGACGAAGCCAGAAAUCUGACAGUAUCUUCUGCCAGUAAUAACACAUGCCAUGACACUAUUGAUGACUUCCGUAAUCAAGUGUAUUCCACCUUGUACUCUAUGAUCUCCGUUGUGGGCUUCUUUGGAAAUAGCUUUGUGCUCUAUGUCCUCAUAAAAACAUAUCAUGAGAAAUCAGCCUUCCAAGUAUACAUGAUUAACUUAGCAAUAGCAGAUCUACUUUGUGUGUGCACACUGCCUCUCCGUGUAGUCUAUUAUGUUCACAAAGGAAUUUGGUUCUUUGGUGACUUUUUGUGCCGCCUCAGUACCUAUGCCUUGUAUGUCAAUCUCUAUUGCAGCAUCUUCUUCAUGACAGCCAUGAGCUUUUUCCGCUGUGUUGCAAUUGUUUUCCCAGUCCAGAAUAUUAAUUUGGUCACACAGAAAAAAGCCAGGUUUGUGUGUUUUGGAAUUUGGAUUUUUGUAAUUUUGAGCAGUUCUCCAUUUUUAAUGGCCAAAUCUUACAAAGAUGAGAAAAAUAAUACAAAGUGCUUUGAGCCUCCUCAGAACAAUGAAGCUAAAAAACAUGUGAUUGUCUUGCAUUAUGUGUCAUUAUUUAUUGGCUUCAUCAUUCCUUUUGUUAUUAUAAUUGUUUGUUACACAAUGAUCAUUCUGACCUUACUAAAAAAUUCAAUGAAGAAAAAUUUUUCAAGUCGUAAAAAGGCUAUAGGAAUGAUCAUAGUUGUUACAACUGCCUUUUUAAUCAGCUUCAUGCCAUAUCAUAUUCAACGCACCAUCCACCUUCAUUUUUUGCACAAUGAAACGAAAUCCUGUGAUUCUGUCCUUAGAAUGCAGAAAUCAGUGGUCAUAACCUUGUCUCUGGCAGCAUCAAAUUGUUGCUUUGACCCCCUCCUAUAUUUCUUUUCAGGGGGGAACUUUAGAAGAAGGCUCUCUACAUUUAGAAAGCAUUCUUUGUCCAGCAUGACUUAUGUACCCAAGAAGAAGCCCUCCUUGCCAGAAAAAGGAGAAGAAAUAUGUAAAGAAUAAAAUCCCCCAGUAUAACCUAAUGAAGAGUUUUCAAAACAAGUUUCUUUUUUCAAAUCAUUUAUGAUAAUAAAUUUUCAUUAGUAAUUUACAAAUGCUUACUCUGUGCCUAUAAAUCUAUCUCAUUUAUGCAUCCACAGUAUCAAAUACUUAAAAGUAUUCUAAAUGUUUAAAAAUCAGUCCACAACUAAGAACUGAGUGAUAAACAGUUUUUUGACCAUUCAACAGAAAUUGGGGAAUAUUUGUGUCUUUGCCCUGUAAAACAUGAGUCUGAGAUCAAGGCUUUCCUUCUCAAAUAAAAGCUUUACAAAGGAUAAGAACUAGAAUUGUAAGAUAUAAAAUUAGCAAAUAGUUCUCAAUCAUCCUAACAUAUCCUUUGUAUGCAUAGCAUCAGAUGAGAACUAGAGAUGACUCAGAAGCUACAUAAAAUGCACUUUCAGUCUCACAAUUUGUAGUACUGACUGUCUAUGAAACUAGGGCCAUUUAUUCCAGAAGAGAACGUACAAGUGCUAAGAAGAAAGUAGUAUUUAGCCAAGUAGCUCUAAAUGUUGAAUCUGGAGACUGAGGAUGAUAAACCUAUCAGAAGCCAGUUUGUCUCCAAUUUUCUUCUCCCCCUGCUCAGACCAUCCAAAAUAAUAGUGGAGUUUUUGUUGUUCGCUUAAGUUCCUAUAGGGAACUUAAUAAUAGGGAACGCAUAUAAUUCUUCCUUAAGAACCCAGACAACUGACACUCCCAUAUAUGAACAAAAGUAAUUACAAAUUUAUGUGAAGAAGAAGAAAAGGUGUUUACUUUUUCACAUGCCUGUUACUGUGAUCAGAAUAUUAACUAGAAUUGAUUUUGGAAGAAAAUUUUGAAUGUCCAUGUUAUAAAUUCUUUUAAGACGUGCAAAUGUUUUUCUAUAUGUGUAUAACUAUGUGUAAGAGACUUUGCUAUAUAUAUGCAUUUAUGAGUGAAAGUUAAUUAUUACAUUUAUUAUUGUUUCUUACUUUUCACUUUUUUAUUGGCAUCUUGGCAGGAAUAUCAAGGCUAUGUUUACAGUGCUUUGUAUAUUAUAGUGGAAGCUUUGUUCUUAAAACAGCAACAACAACUUGCUUAUAGCUGAAAUAUAAUAUUCAUGGGGAAGCUUUUGCUGAUGAUUUGUCUGUUUCUUAACUUUGCAUCUCAAAAGGCUAAUUAUUUUAAGGGGAAUAAUGGUGAAGGAAAAGGAAAAGUAUGUGAGGAGAAGUGAUAUCUGAAUCUGCCAUAUGUAUAUUUCUAUUUCACUUCUAAUGAUGCAGUCCCUCAAAAAAAAAUCACAAAAUACAGAGAAACAUGACCUCAAACACAUAGUAAAGACUGCUGCACAUUUAUUUUUUGUUUAAUGUACCUGAGACUUGGAAGUACCUAUACUUUUACUUUAUAUGACCUUUCACUUGAUUGAGACAAAAUUAAAUACAAUAUUUAUCAUAAAGUUUAGGCCUCAUUUUUCAUUUACUAGACCUUCUACUCUUCAGCAAACAGCAUAGUAUGUUAAAAAAGCACAAUGUUGAAAGAUAGAAGACCUAUAUGCUAACCUGGUCUCUAUUACUUAAUAAUUGUGUUAUCUUAAGCAAGUAACAAAUUCUGAUACUCAGCUUAUUCAUUUUUAAAGGGAGAUAAUAAUAAUUGUCCUGCCUUUCUUACAGGGCAUUUGUGAAACUCAAAUGAGACCAGUUAUGUUAAAGUCCACCUUAAAAAUAUAUAUUCAUAGGGUAGACAUCUGGCGCAGCUGUUAAAAUGCCACUUGGGACACCCACACCCCAUAUUGGAGUGCUUGGUCACAAGUCCUGGCUCUGCUCCCAAUUCUAGCUUCCUGAUAAUGCUGACUCUGGAAGGCAGCAAGUGACGGCUCAAGUGGCUGGGUCCUUGCCACUCACGUGAGACGUGUAUUGAGUUCCCAGCUUUUGGCUUCAGCCUGGACCAGCCCCAGCUGUUGAAGACAUUUGAGGAAUGAACCAGCAGAUGGUAAAUCUCUACCUCUUUGUCUCUCUUCCUUUUAAACAUAUAAAUAAAAUUUUAAAUAUAAUUUUAAAGUAUUUAAUGAUGACCAUUACUUAAAUGCAUUGAAUCAUAUUUAUCACACAGAUUCUCAAUUGUGAAAGAAUUAGAACAAAAUAUGGGCACAUAAAAAGAAUUCUGUUGUUUAGCCCUACUUCCAGGCUUUUGCCCUUGUCCUAAUUGCCACUGAUAGCCCCACUUCCUGCCAUAUAGAAGCAUACUAUAAAAACUUCAAUUACCUGUAAGCCUACCAUGAAUUUGUUCUUCUUUUAUGUCUUAUA